AUGGAGACACAGUUUGCAAUCAAGAAAGAUGCUACUGAAUUAAUAGGGAAUACUCCAUUGGUAUAUCUUAACAACAUUACUGAAGGCUGUGUUGCUCGAAUCGCUGCUAAGCUAGAAUACUUGCAAUCCUGCUGCAGUGUUAAAGAUAGAAUAUCGUUAAGCAUGAUUGAAGAUGCUGAAAACAAAGGCCUAAUUACUCCUGGAAAGACUGUCCUUGUUGAGCCUACAAGUGGUAACACCGGCAUAGGAUUGGCGUCGAUAGCAGCACUGAGAGGCUAUAAGCUUUUAGUGACUAUGCCGUCUUAUGCGAGUCUUGAGAGAAAAAUUAUUCUGCGAGCUUUCGGAGCGGAUGUAUAUUUGACAGAUCCUGCUAAAGGAGUUGAUGGUGUUUUUGAGAAAGCGGACGAGCUAUUAGCGAAGACGCCUAAUAGUUUUAUGCUCAAUCAAUUUGAAAACCCUGCCAAUCCAAAGAUUCAUUAUGAGACAACUGGCCCUGAGAUCUGGAGAGACUCUGGAGGGAAAAUUGAUGCUUUGGUUGCAGGGAUAGGAACUGGGGGAACUGUAACAGGUACUGGGAAGUUCCUCAAGGAGAAAAACUCAGAAAUCAAGGUAUAUGGUGUAGAACCGGCUGAAAGUGCGGUUCUGAAUGGAGGAAAGCCAGGAAAACAUCAAAUUCAAGGGAUCGGUGCCGGUAUGGUUCCCCCUAUUCUGGAAUUUGAUUUUCUAGAUGAAGUUAUUCAGGUUUCAAGUGAAGAAGCUAUGGAAACUGCUAAGUUGCUUGCUUUGAAAGAAGGUUUACUGAUGGGAAUUUCAUCAGGUGCUGCUGCUGCAGCUGCAAUAAAAUUAGGGAAGAGACCAGAAAAUGCAGGAAAGCUUAUCGUUACGAUUUUUCCGAGUUUUGGAGAGCGCUACCUGUCUUCACCACUUUUUGAAUCUAUCAGACAUGAAGCUGAACAAAUGACAUUUGAUUGA